GAGACAUUUGGACUCCUCUGAAUUUCCAAUUUUUGUAAGAGUGAAGUACACACUCGAGCAGAAACACCUUGACAGUUGACACCCUCCUUCCUCACGGUCACAGUUGUUGUUGUUGUCACCUUCCGCAACCGUGUUGGGUGAGCCCAUCACCGCAUCCACCACCACCACCACACCAUGCCCAUCCCCAACCACCAGCUCUACUCUCCUUUCCGUACAACCCUAUCUUCCUCUUCCUCCUCCUCUUCCCAUUCCUUCACCUCGAAGAUCCUUCUCCUCCUGACCAUCCUCCCGGUGUCUUUGGCAGCCAUAGCGUUCAUCCUCCAAUGGCGCGGCGGCAUCACCGAUCCGGCCACCCUCUCGUCGCCGCGUGGGUCCCACCACUACUUCCCCGGCAUGGAGCCCUCUCCCCUCUCCCACGUCUCCCAUAAUUCUCACUCCCAUUCUGACUGCGUCAAUCUUGGCCGCACUAAUUCUCCUUCCUUCCCUUACUACCACAACUGGAAGCUUGACUUUGAGGCCUCUCUCACCCCUAAGAUCUGUGUUACAACUAGUACAUCAGCAGGGCUUGAGCAGAUUCUACCUUGGAUGUUUUAUCAUAAAGUCAUUGGUGUGACAAAUUUUUUUCUUUUUGUUGAGGGGAAGGCUGCUUCUCCUGAAGUAUCAAAUGUCCUAGAAUCAAUUCCUGGUGUUAAGGUUGUAUAUAGAACAAAACAGCUGGAAGAACAACAGGCUAAGAGCCGUAUUUGGAAUGAGACAUGGCUGGCAGGUUUCUUUUAUAAACCCUGCAAUUAUGAACUUUUUGUGAAGCAAUCUCUCAACAUGGAGAUGGCUAUUGUUAUGGCAAGGGAUUCUGGCAUGAACUGGAUUCUUCAUCUUGAUACAGAUGAAUUAAUGCACCCAGCUGGUGCUCGGGAAUAUUCUUUAAGGCAGUUGCUCCUUGAUGUUCCAGGACAUGUUGAUAUGGUCAUAUUUCCUAACUAUGAGAGCAGUAUCGAGCGAGAUGAUAUCAAAGAACCUUUUAGUGAGGUAUCGAUGUUUAAAAAGAAUUAUGACCAUCUUCCAAAGGAUACAUACUUUGGCAUGUAUAAAGAUUCUGUACGUGGCAAUCCAAACUACUUCCUGACUUACGGAAAUGGAAAAUCAGCUGCUCGGAUACAAGAUCAUCUUCGGCCUAAUGGUGCACAUAGAUGGCAUAAUUAUAUGAAAACCCCAAAUGAAAUCAAAUUGGAAGAGGCUGCUGUUUUGCAUUACACAUAUGCUAAAUUCUCAGACUUAACUUCUAGACGUGACCGCUGUGGUUGCAAACCUACAAAAGAAGAUGUCAAAAGAUGCUUCAUGUUGGAAUUUGACAGAACUGCAUUUAUCAUUGCUUCAACUGCAACUGAAGAAGAAAUGAUGAAGUGGUAUAAUGAACAUGUUGUGUGGGGUGAUAAAGACCUGAAGAUGAAACUUUUGAGGAAGGGAGUAUUGACUCGUAUAUAUUCUCCCAUGGUCAUAAUUCAAAGUUUAAGGGAAUCUGGAGUCUUUAGUUCUGUCAUUGCAUCUGCCCCAUCACUUUCUAAAGAAAACUUUCUGCUGUCAAUUGAUAGUAGUAAUUCUUCAAGAGUCUCUGCCUCUGUAACCCUCCCUUCUAGAAAGGUUGGAAGGACCAAAGAAUCUCAAGCAGCUACACGGAAGGCUCUGUCUGUUGAAUCUGCUGCAUUUCACGAAGUGGCUGUACCACCACUGUCUCCCCCAGUAGUAGAUGACAAUGACCUCAUUUCACAUAAUUGAUCUUAUCUCAGAGAUUCCUUCCAUCUCCUUUCAUUUAAGUAUCACUGUCGUCAUGCGAUAUUAUGCCGUAUUGGAAGAAUCUGCUGGUGAAGAAAGAGCAUCUUAGCUGCUUUUUCUGAUUAUCUGAGCUCUGAAUAUAUUUGGUGUUUGUUGCUGUCCAAAUGCCAAGUAUUGAUUGUGGUCAGUGGCUGAUGGCCAUUGAUGAAACAGUUAGAUAUCGUUAGUCAUUUUUUUUGUAUAGAAACCUCAGUGCCAUUAAUAUGAAUUCUUUUUUAUGCCCCUUUUAAGUCCCUUCUGAAAUUGUGACUAGGAUAGUAGUAUAUUAUUUCACUCGUCAAUUAUUCUUUGUAUUAUGCGUAUACCUCUUAUGCUACACAACGAUUUCAAAGCAACUACCAUGACAUGCUAUUAAGAAUAUUUAUUUAUUGAUUCCUUA